AUGCAUUUACCACAUAACAACUCUGGCAUCGUCGCCUUACUCUUAAUACUGUUUGUGUCCUUAGCCAAAGCCCUCGAGAAGCCCGGUACCGGCGAACCUGAGCCGUUGAAGUAUACCCCUGGAGAUCAGAUUUCUGUGCAGUGCUUGAAUCGGACGAUAGAUACCGGCGAACAUGUACAAGAUGAGAAGACUGGAGUACUGCAGUAUAUCCCAUUCGCAACAUGCAACGAGACUGGCCGACCACUGGAGGUUAAAUUUCUGGAAGACGGAGAGGUGAAUUGUACCAUACCUUUCUUGUCGGACGAGAUGUUCCACCUUUUCGAAUUCUACGUGCAUCACGAUUCGCCACUGGCUUGUCGAGUCCCCGUUCGCCCACUGGGAGGUGAACGGGACUUGGAGAAGAAGAGUGAUGAGGAGUACGUUCCUUUAGUCUUCGCCCUUGCCGGCAAACUUGAAACCUCACACAUACAUCUAGCAACGAACAUGAACGUCCUCUUCCACCUAACCUCGCCCACCUCUGGCGUCAUAGACUCGGGCGCGGCGUACUCCAUCUCCCCAAUGUCAUCGGAUCUGACGCGGAUCAUAAUCGGCGACCCGCUCCUGCUCCGGCUGAAGGUUCACUGGUUCCACACUCUGUCCCCUCUCUCGGCGAAGAGCAAUGGUGAACACGUCACCGUGCACUUGCUCGGUUACUGUCUGCUCUCGGCGUUCGCAGGUGCGUGCGGUGUUUACACUUUCCUGGUCGGGUGGGAGUUCCCGAAGAGGUUGCGGAAGUAUGCUUUUGAUCGUCGAGGUGGAGGUGGUGGGGCUGGAGGGAUCAUUGGGAAUUUUGGGAAUGGUGUGGGAGCUGGGGGGAGAGUUGGGUAUGGCUAUGCACCCGGUGUUGGUGGAAGAGGUGAUGGAGGUGGGUAUGGGUAUUCGGGGAAGAGGAAAGAUUAG